UAGUUGUACUAUUACUACUUACUAGUAGGAGUAAAACACUACUCAAACACUCAACAAAAAAGCUCAGAUUUCAAAAAAAUGGUGGAACAUGGCGAUGCAGAUAUACCCUGCUGUGGAACGAAAUUCUCGUUGUAUGUAAUCAUAAUCUUUGGUUUAGUUUGUUUUGCUGGUCUCAUGGCGGGUCUUACUCUCGGGCUAAUGUCUUUGGGUCUUGUUGAUCUUGAAGUCCUUAUCAAAUCUGGCCGUGCUCAGGAUCGUAUCUACGCAGCUAAAAUAUUUCCAGUGGUGAAGAAUCAACACCUCUUGCUCUGUACUCUUCUCAUAGGAAACUCUUUGGCAAUGGAGGCGCUUCCCAUUUUUUUAGAUAAACUCGUCCCUCCUUGGGCUGCCAUCCUUAUAUCAGUAACUCUGAUUCUUAUGUUUGGUGAGAUAAUGCCACAAGCAGUUUGUACGCGCUAUGGGCUAGUAGUUGGAGCGACCAUGGCACCCUUUGUUCGAAUUUUGCUUUGGAUAUUUUAUCCCAUUUCUUAUCCAAUUAGUAAGGUUCUUGACUGGAUGUUGGGCAAGGGACAUACUGCACUUCUACGACGAGCAGAGCUUAAAACUUUUGUUAAUUUCCAUGGAAAUGAGGCUGGGAAAGGUGGGGAUUUAACACAUGAUGAGACAACCAUCAUAACUGGCGCACUUGAACUGACUGAAAAGACCGCAAAAGAUGCCAUGACCCCGAUAUCGAAGGCAUUUUCCCUUGAUCUGGAUGCAACUCUUAAUUUGGACACACUUAAUGCUAUAAUGGCAAUGGGACACAGUCGAGUUCCUGUUUAUUAUCAAAAUCCCAUGAAUAUUAUUGGAUUGAUACUGGUUAAGAAUCUUUUAGCUGUUGACCCUGAUGAAGGAGUCCCUCUAAGAAAGAUGCUUAUAAGAAAAAUCCCUAGGGUUCCUGAGAGUAUGCCACUAUAUGAUAUCCUGAACGAGUUUCAGAAGGGUCAUAGUCAUAUUGCUGUUGUUUACAAGGAUUUGAAUCAGAUGAAAGGAAGGCCUGUUGAUGAUCUUGGUAGUUCAGACACUGCAGUAGACCCCCAGCCACAGGUGAAUGAUGCCCUUGGACUUGCGAAGAAUGAUGCAUCCCAACGGGUGAAGAAAGUUCCCGGAACUACAACCUUCAAACGACAUAGAGGCUGCUCCUUUUGUAUAUUAGAUGUUGAGGAUGUUCCACUCCCUGUAUUCCCAGAGAACCAAGUUGUGGUAGGUGUGAUUACAAUGGAAGACGUGAUUGAAGAAUUGCUCAAGGAGGAAAUUUUGGAUGAGACAGAUGAAUAUGUAAACAUUCACAAUAGGAUAAAGGUGAACAUGAAUGCAUCACACGAGAAGCUUCCUACCAUAAGCUCUGUAGAAGCUUCCUGAGAUACGUCUUCUGCUGCUCGUGGAACUAAUGCUAUUACAACACUACACGGAUUGGAUUAUAUAGCUCAGUUGAAUAGGGAACUUAUCAAGGAAUAUAUGAAGGGAAAGAUAGUAUUGUAUCAAGUGGUUUGAUUUUCUUCUUAUUGCUACAUAUUAUGUAUUUGUCCUCUGGAUCUUCCUUAUAGAAAGGUGUUCAUGUAAGUUUACAAAUUACAAUUCAAGGACGAUCCGACUGUACAUAUUCUCUUCUUUACGAUUCAAAUAAGAUUUUAUUAGUGUUCAUUAUCGUUUGCUAUUAUGUAUGAUAAAUUUAGACUCCUGAGUUAUUG